AUGGCAGAGCAUCUGUCCCAGAGUGAGCUGGACUACCCGUUCAAACUUCUGGAGUAUUUCAACGGCUUCAGGGUCUCAAAGGUGAUAUUUUCUGCCUGUGAGCUGGGAGUGUUUGACCUCCUGCUGAAGUCCCAGGAGCCCCUGAGUGCCCAGCAUGUAGCCCAGGAGCUGAGCACCAGCGUGGACGGGAUGGAGCGGCUGCUGGACGCACUGGUGGGGAUGGAGAUCCUGGAGGUGGAGACCACAGACGGGACAGCUUUGUACAGCAGCACCGACGUGGCUAAUCUUUAUCUGGCCAAAGGCAGCGGCAAGUCUCUUCACGACAUGGUGAUCUACCAAUCCCAGACCACCUACCCGCUGUGGAACCACCUGGUGGACGCCAUCAGGGAGGGGAAGAACCAGAAUGAAAAGACCUACGGCGUUCCACCAGAGGACAUCUUCCAAGCCGUUUACAGAUCGGAGGAGGAGAUGCUGAAAUUCAUGGGUCUGAUGAACUCCUCGUGGAUUCUUGACGGACACGACAUUGCGACGGCGUUCAACCUCUCCUGCUUUCAGAACAUCGUAGAUCUUGGAGGAUGCACCGGGGCUCUGGCCCGUGAGAUGGCGAAGGCGUACCCGUCCUCCUCCGUCACGGUGUUCGACCUCCCGCAGGUCGUAGAAACGGCUCAGAAACAUUUCUCUCAGGAGGACGACGAUGUUGUGUUUCAAAGUGGAGAUUUCUUCAGCGGUGAAAUUCCUCCGGCUGACCUCUACGUUCUUGCCAGAAUCAUUCAUGACUGGCCUGAAGAGAAGUGCCUCCAGCUGCUGAAGAAGAUCUACAACAUCUGCAAACCAGGUGGUGGUGUCCUGCUGGUGGAGGCCAUGCUGUUUGAGAACAGACGAGGCCCCGUCACGGCUCAGAUCUUCUCUCUCAACAUGCUGGUGCAGAUGGAGGGUCGGGAGCGCCCGCCGUCCGGCUACACCAGCAUCCUCAACAAGACCGGCUUCCACAACGUUCAGGUGUGCCGGACCGGCAAGUCCUACGACGCCAUCCUGGCCGUCAGAUGAGCGCCGGGACGGUCAGGAGAGAAAGUAAAGAAAGUUUACAAGGCCUUGAAAAGGUUUGGAGUCGGACAUAUACAUAUAAGCUCUUUUUCCAGUCUCCUUGCACAUGGAUCCCCAGUUUAUGUUGUGGUCAACCCCAGUGAUGUUUUCAGAUAUUGUGAUAACAGUUCAACUUGACUGAUUAAACUUGACUUCUUUGUAGAAAAUCAGAUUGAAAAACUCUCAUUAGUUUUCUUGCUGAAGGUCAGAUAAAAAGAUUGACACCACUCUCGUGUCUGUGGGCUAAAUAUGAAGCUUCAGGCAACAGCCAGUUAGCUUAGCUUAGCACAAAGACUGGAAACAGGUGGAAACAGCUAGCCUGGCUCUGUCCAAAAUUAGCCUCCCAGCAUGUCUAA